AUGCUGGCUUGGGUUAUUAUCUUGAAGAUUACGCUGAGCGGUUACUUCUUAGGCAUUGUGGAGAAUAUCCCUGGAAGGUCUAGAUCAGCCCAGCUCGUUCCUGUCUCGGAUCAAGGCUCGUGUGAUACUGGCGAACCGGUGCCGCAACGGCAAGGCUGGGGUACGUAUGGGGAAUCUUCAUGGGUUAGACACUGUCUAGUCGAUGAGGUAUUCGACAAAACAAAGAGCCUCUGGCAUCUUGAUCAGAGGAGUGAGGACAAGCACUUUACGUGUCUGGUGCUCAGUGAAAAGUCUUUUAGUCCGAGACCAUCCACGAGGCUGCCUCCACUGAUUUAUCACGAAGCGGGUGAAGCAUGA